AUGUCUGAACAAGCUCCACGAGUAACACUUUACUAUUCCAGUGUUUCUGGUAUGGUCAAGGUCAAGAAAGCUCAGUCCAGAAUUCAAGACCUAUUGGCUGCCCAUAAAGUGCCAUAUACUAUGCUGGAUAUCGCUGCUGAAGAGGAUGCUAAAAAGUAUAUGCAGUCCAAGUCUGGAAGCAAUGUCAUUCCGCAAAUCUUUGUUGAUGGAGAAUACAAAGGGAUAUUGGGUUGGAUUGCUGUCAAACUCCAUUUGUAUCUUAAACUAUCAGAUACGUUCGUGUCCAAAAAACAAAAAUUGCAGGAAUGCAAGCUGUUUCCAUCCAAUCACCAGGAGAAACACCACUCGGCUUUGUCAAGAAAUUCCGAGGUUACAAUAUUGCUCAGUCAAUUUGGUGUCCAUCAAAUAUGA